AUGCAGACUGCUACUACAAACAUUUGUGAAAGACUGUACAAUAAGUCCAUCCGUGAAAUUUCCUUUCUGCUAAAUAUUCCACGGUUAACUGUUAGUGGUAUUAGAACGAAGUGGAAGCAACUGGGAAUAACAGCAACACAGCCACAAAGUGGUAGGCCAUGUAAAAUGACAGAGCGGGGUCAGCGCAUGCUGAAGCUCGCACUGCGCAGAAGUCGCCAACUGUCUGCAGAGUCAAUAGCUAAAGAACUACAAACUUCGUGUGGCUUUCAAAUUAGCACAAAAGUGUAUAGAGAGCUUCAUGGAAUGGGUUUCCAUGGUCGUGCAGCUGCAUCCAAGCCUUACAUCACCAAGUGCCAUGCACAGUUUCGGAUGCAAUGGUGUAAAGCA